AUGGCGGCGUCUUGCUUCGCUCUGCGCGCUGGCCGCCAGCUGGCCUUGCGGUCGCGUGUGCGAGCUACUCCUGCCCCGCUGGCUCUGCGCGCAGCUUCGCUUGCACCAUUCAACGCCUGCCGACGCAGCUUGAACACCUCCCAGCAGCCUGCCCGCAAAGUGCACUCAAGUACUUUCUCCGAUCAUGGCGACCCCCAUCCGCAGGAUCUUUUUCAGCCCCUCGACACCUUCCCUCGUCGUCACAUUGGCCCCUCACCAGAGGCGGCAUCAGAUAUGCUGACCGUGUUGGAUCCCCCCGUGGCGUCUUUGGACGAAUUCGUGAAGCAGGUGCUUCCCGAGGAUAUCUUGUCCAAGAAGAACCUCAAGGUCACCGAGCCCAGCGCCGAUAUCAACCUCUACCGAUCCCCUGUGCAAGGCGGUCUGGGCGAGACUGACAUGCUCAAGCUGCUGGACACUUACCGCAAGCAAAUUGACGUCUCUGGAAAAACUUAUAUUGGAACGGGCUACUACCCUACUAUCGUUCCUCCCGUUAUCCUCCGAAAUGUCCUCGAGAACCCCGCCUGGUACACCAGUUAUACUCCUUAUCAACCCGAGAUCAGCCAGGGACGUCUCGAGUCUCUUCUCAACUUCCAGACCCUGAGUGCUGACCUCACUGGUCUGCCAUUCGCCAAUGCCUCCGUCCUCGACGAAGCUACCGCUGCGGCCGAGGCCAUGACCAUGUCCCUUGCUACCCUGCCCACAUCCAAGCAGAGAAAAGCCGAGAAGGCAUACGUCGUGUCUCACCUCUGCCACCCUCAGACUCUUGCAGUCAUGCAAUCCCGAGCUGAGGGUUUCGGAAUUAAGUUGGUCGUGGGAGAUAUUCUGGCUGAUGACUUCAAGCUGGUCAAGGAGCAGGGUGACAAUCUGAUUGGUGUUCUUGCCCAGUACCCCGACACUGAGGGUGGUGUCAACGACUUCCAGGCCCUGAGCGACUCCAUCCAUGGACAGGGCGGUACUUUCAGUGUGGCCACCGAUCUGCUCGCGUUGACGGUGCUCAAAGCCCCUGGCGAAUUCGGAGCUGACAUUGCUUUCGGUAGCGCCCAGCGAUUGGGUGUGCCCAUGGGUUUCGGUGGACCUCACGCGGCAUUCUUUGCUUGCGCUGAUAAGUACAAGCGGAAGGUGCCCGGCCGGGUUGUUGGUGUGUCGAAGGAUCGCACUGGCAACCGCGCUCUUCGUCUGGCUCUCCAGACCCGAGAGCAGCACAUUCGCCGUGAAAAGGCCACCAGUAACAUUUGUACCGCUCAGGCUUUGCUUGCCAACAUGACUGCUAUGUACGCGAUCUACCACGGUCCCGCUGGUCUGAAGGCUAUUGCUCAGCGUAUCAUGUCUAUGACUUCUGUGCUCCGUGAGAAGCUUGUUGGUCUCGGCUACAACGUUCCUAUUCGAUCCAACACGGAGGGUAACGCUCUCUUCGACACCUUGACCAUUGAGCUGGCCGAUGCUGCCGAGGCAGAGGCCCUCAUUGCCAAGGCCCAGAAGCAGUCCAUCUACCUGCGCCGUUUUGGUAACAGCAAGGUGGGUCUCUCGUUGGACGAGACUGUUGGUCGUGACGAGGUCACCGGAAUUGUCAACCUCUUUGCGGCACACAAGGGUGCUUCUCCUGUCGCCAUUGAGGGUGCUCUGUCUCUUGCCUCCCUCCCCGCUAGCUUGGAGCGCACUACUCCUUACCUGACCCACCCUGUGUUUAACACCCACCACUCUGAGACUGAGAUGCUGCGAUACAUCCGUCACCUCGAGUCCAAGGAUCUUUCCCUGGCUCACUCCAUGAUCCCCCUGGGAUCUUGCACCAUGAAGCUCAACGCUACUACUGAGAUGAUUCCCAUCUCAUGGCCCGAGUUCUCCCAGCUGCACCCCUUCAUGCCCGCUGAGCAGGCCAAGGGCUAUAUCCAGAUGAUUGAUGACCUGGAAAAGCAGCUGGCUGACAUUACUGGCAUGGCCGAGGUUACUGUGCAGCCCAACUCGGGCGCCCAGGGUGAAUUCGCCGGCCUGCGUGUCAUCAAGAAGUACCAGGAGGCCCAGGGGGGUGCCAAGCGUGAUAUUUGCCUCAUUCCUCAGUCCGCUCACGGCACCAACCCUGCCAGUGCUGCUAUGGCUGGUAUGCGGGUUGUUACCAUCAAAUGUGAUAGCAAGACCGGUAACCUUGAUUUGGAUGAUCUCAAGGCCAAGGCCCAGAAACACAAGGACGAGUUGGCUGCUUUCAUGAUUACGUAUCCCAGCACUUUCGGUGUCUUCGAACCCGGUGCGAAGGAGGCUAUUAACAUCGUUCACGAAUUCGGCGGCCAAGUCUACAUGGACGGCGCCAACAUGAAUGCCCAGAUUGGUCUCUGCUCCCCCGGCGAGAUUGGUGCGGACGUGUGCCACUUGAACCUGCACAAGACCUUCUGUAUUCCUCACGGCGGUGGUGGCCCUGGUGUUGGCCCCAUCGGUGUCGCUAGCCACCUUGCUCCCUUCCUGCCUUCCCACCCCACCAGCGAGGCUCUCCAGGCCAAGCGCGGCCCUAACUCCUCUCCUCCCAUCAGUGCCGCUCCCUGGGGCAGUGCCAGCAUUCUCCCUAUCACAUUCAACUAUAUCAACAUGAUGGGCGACAAGGGGCUCACCCACGCCACCAAGAUCACCCUGCUCAACGCAAACUACAUCAUGUCCCGCCUGAAGCCUCACUACCCCAUCUUGUAUACCAAUGCCAAUGGCCGCUGCGCUCACGAGUUUAUUCUCGACACCCGGGGGUUCAAGGACACCGCCGGUAUCGAGGUUAUCGACAUCGCUAAGCGUCUGCAAGACUACGGCUUCCACUCGCCCACCAUGUCCUGGCCCGUCUCCAACACCCUGAUGAUCGAACCCACCGAGUCCGAGAACAAGGCCGAGCUGGACCGCUUCUGUGACGCCCUGAUCUCCAUCCGCGCUGAAAUCGCUGAGAUCGAGGCCGGCAAGCAGCCCCGCGAAGGCAACGUGCUGAAGAACGCUCCCCACACCCAGCACGACCUGCUCUCCAACGAGUGGGACCGCCCUUACAGCCGUCAGACCGCUGCCUACCCGCAGCCCUGGCUAGUGGAGAAGAAGUUCUGGCCUUCAGUGACCCGUGUCGAUGAUGCGUACGGUGACCAGAACCUUUUCUGCACAUGCGGCCCUGUCGAGGACUCCGUGUAA